AGCGGCCCCGGCGGCGCGCGGAGAGGCAGGGGCCGGGGUCGGCGGUUGUUGCCUGUGGGGCCGAGCCGCCCUGCCGGCUGCGGGUGAGGCGGGCGCCGGGAGGAUCCCUUCGGCAGGAGGAGAAGCGUGGGGAGGCUGGCGGGGCGUCGCUGGUCUCCGGCGGCCGGGGAACGCGUAGGGGAGCUGGCGGUGGAGGACGUCUUCCAAGUCUUUCCGCUGGAAAACGUGGGGUUCGCCUCGGCGCUAGUCUGCUGGGGUUCGCUGCUUGUUAAGUAGACUUCAAAGCGGUGUGACAUCGCUCUGCCAGUCCUUUCCUUCCGUAAAAAAGGGUAGCUGCUUUCUGAGCCAUCACAUACCAACUUCAUGUAUUCCUAAGAUUGUCAUCAGCUUCUUGGGUUUUUUUCUGAGGCCUUACUGAGGUUUAAUUACUUAUAGGCUAUGGUGGUUAUAAAGUAAUUUAAGAUGUUUGUACUACCUGAUUUUAAUUUUCUAAUUGACUCUUGUAUUAAGAGAGAUUGUUUUAACUUGGGAAUGGUUAAAUGGCCAAAGAAUUCAGUUAUUUGUGGAUAAGGGCUAUUUUAUUUGACUACUGUUGGCCUGCGACUUAAACUUGCGUCUUUUAUUUUUUUUAUCCUAUGCUUUUUCUGUGUUAUGGCUGCUGCAACAAUAGUUCACGAUACAUCAGAAGCUGUAGAGCUCUGUGCUCCCUGUGGGUUGUAUCUUAAACCCAUUACAAAAAUGACCAUCAGUGUGGCACUUCCUCAGCUGAAACAACCGGGAAAAUCCAUUUCGAACUGGGAAGUGAUGGAAAGAUUGAAAGGGAUGGUGCAAACUCAUCAGUUUUCCACUCUGCGGAUUUCUAAAAGCACAAUGGAUUUCAUCCGGUUUGAAGGAGAGGUUGAAAACAAAAGUUUGGUUAAGUCUUUUCUGGCGUGCCUUGAUGGCAAAACAAUAAAGCUGAGUGGCUUCUCAGACAUUUUAAAAGUCCGUGCUGCGGAAUAUAAGAUUGACUUCCCUACCAGACAUGACUGGGACUCGUUUUUCCGUGAUGCAAAAGAUAUGAAUGAAACUUUGCCAGGGGAACGGCCAGAUACUAUUCACUUAGAGGGCUUACCUUGUAAGUGGUUUGCAGCAAAGGACUCUGGCUCAGAAAAGCCAAGUGAAGAAGUCCUUAUAAAAGUUUUCCAGAAAUUUGGAGAAAUACGUAAUGUGGACAUACCCAUGCUGGACCCUUACAGAGAAGAAAUGACUGGCAGAAAUUUCCACACUUUCAGUUUUGGAGGCCAUUUAAAUUUUGAGGCUUAUGUUCAAUAUCGGGAGUAUGCAGGUUUCAUUAAGGCCAUGAAUGCCCUGCGAGGGAUGAAGCUGAUGUAUAAAGGCGAUGAUGGCAAAGCAGUGGCUUGCAAUAUAAAGGUUUCUUUUGACUCAACAAAACACCUUAGUGAUGCAUCAAUUAAGAAGCGUCAGCUUGAAAGGCAAAAGCUUCAAGAGCUUGAAAAACAGAGAGAAGAACAAAAACGUAAAGAGAAAGAAGCUGAGGAAAAACAAAAAGAGGAAGAAAGGAAGCAGAGAGAGCUUGAAGAAUAUGAGAGAGAGAGAAAAAGAGAAGAAAAGUUGCGCAAGAGAGAACAGAAACAGAAAGAUCGUGAAGUUCGACGAAACAAAAAACAACUUGAAAAGCUUCAAGCUGAAGAACAGAAAAAACUGCAAGAGAAGAUAAAGUUAGAAGAAAGGAAGCUCCUAUUAGCUCAGAGAAAUCUUCAGUCAAUUAGACUAAUUGCAGAACUGCUAAGCAGGGCAAAGACAGUAAAGCUUUUGGAGCAAGAACAUAAUGAAGAAAAGAUUCGUCUUCAGCAGCUAGAGGAGAGACGAAGGCUCCAGGAGGCUGAGCUCAAACGUGUGGAAGAGGAAAAAGAGAGAGCACUGGGGUUGCAGAGAAAAGAAAAGGAACUGAGGGUGAAACUACUGAACAAUCUUCUGAGCAAGAAAAUGGAUGCAGUUAAUCAAAACAAAGAAGAAACAGAAACAUCUCAGUCUGACGUACUGAAAACCCCUAGUGGUGUUCCGCACACUGUGUCAUCCAGCUGCAUCACUUCUACCUCAGGACAGGCUGUUACAGGCAAACUGCCUCCCGACUCUCAAAGGGAAAUACCAUCCCCUGAGAGUGUAAACGCUCAAUGCAAGUACUUGAAUGGCAGCAUUCAUGACAAAGUUAAUGUCAAAGAAAGUCAGAAACUUCAUACCACAAACUCUGAGAGGUGUUCUGAGAAAAGAAGUUCAGGGGUACUUUCAUGUAUUCCCACCAAUAACCAGCAGCAGAAGAACCUCUCUAGCUAUGACCAGAAUACCUGCAGGAAGGACUCACACUAUGAGCAGCGCAAACGUAGCACAGAGCCGAGGAGAAGAAAGAGCCGUUCAUGUAGCAGCAUAAACACUGAUGAGAGUAAGGGUAAACGAGAGAGGAGCAGGCACAGGAGAGAUGUGAGUUAUCUGGAUGAAAAGCGCAGGAAAGAAAGGAGGUAUUAUAGACACUCAAGCAGAAGUUACAGUCCUCGUCGAAGCCAUAGUCCUCGUCGAAGAAGUGUAAGCCCCAGACGUUCACGUUACAGAAGAACGCGGAGCAUUGAACGUAAACGAGACAGAAGAGAAAGAAGUCACAGUCGCAGAAGUGCAAGCAGGAGACAAAGGCACCGGAGGAGAUCACUGAGUAAGCACAGGAGUACUUGGAGUGGGUAGUGGAGGCUUUGGCUCCUUGGAAAGGCUGUGGUUGGACAAAAGGGCCAGAAGGUUGUAAACAAGACCUCACUGGUGUGACUGCUAUAGACAACACGUUUGUUUCAACCAAUGCUUAACUUGCCUCUGAUCUCUGAAAUCAAGAAAAUAGAUGUCUGAUUUUUUUUUUUUUAAUCUUCCUUUGUGCUUUGUUGUCUCUUUCUAGGUUUCUGCCACAAUGUAGGUAUAACCACCUGUGCUUGCGCUCGAGUUCCUACAGUGCUAAAACCCAACCUGAUUUCCUGAUUUUCAGUUUUCUAAACCUUAAUUUUGGUUGGUUUAGUUUUUAUCUCUGUAUCACCCAAUUUGGCUUGGGAAGUACAUGGGAACAUCUGGAACUCCAAAUGUGACAAGCUAUUAUGUACAGAUUUGAUUUUAAAUGCUUUUUGGUGCAUUCAAUGAAAUCACAUUUAACAAAGUAGAAUUAUUGCUGAUUGAGAUGUAUAGCAGGACUUUCGUAUAAUUCUUAAAACUUAUUAUAAAGAUAUGCAGGAUAUCUUUUAAACUGCUAUGAUUCCUUCAUAUGUCUGUAUGGUGCCAACCUUUGUGGCCCGACUUAUUCUGGCAUGUAAUGCCACUUGUGUAAUAAUACUUUCCAUGUAAGAGAGGUGCACUGAUGUGGGAAGUAAGAAGCAGUGGUAAAAUGGUUGAAAAGUUGUUCUGUUAUUUUGUUGACAUAUUUGGCAUUGUAAUUAUUACUUCAGGUGGCAUGGAGCUACUUGAAAUAUUUUUUCAGGUACAGAGGUAGCCAUUGUCUUUUGAAAAAGGGGCCUUGUUGCUAAAUUAUUUUUACUUGUGGUGUUGGAAAGUAAGGCUGCAGUGUCUCUUCUUAAAUCCAUUUAAGAAUGCUUUUGCUUCUAAAAUGCAGCUCAGGAAUAUUAAAAGCUAUAACAUUACAGUGAAAGAGUUUAUUUUGCCUUUUUAUGGUAAAAUUAAAAAGAAAACUGUUUCCAGUGAACCGAAGUUGCUGUUUUCAUAUGUCAGUGUAUUAAAAUCUGCAGAAGUGUUGUAUGAGAACCCAUUUGUUCAAAAAAAUCACUCAAGACAUUUGAAUAAUGAAGCUCAGCCACUCUUCUUCAUGGCCCUGUUGUAUACAGCUAUGUCAACUGUUAAUUCAGCAGGGCGUGUACUCUUUAUCUACAGCAUUCGGAUGCCAUUUUCCUCAUACUGAUGCAUCAAAUCAAAGUACAUCCCAUUCCUGGAGUGCCUGAGAAGCACGUUGGUGCUGCAGCACAGCUGGAUCCCUGGCUGGCUGUGUUGCUUUCAGUGAAUCCAUGCGGGGUUUGUUUCUUAAUAGAGCAUGCUGCUGAAGUCUUUGCAGAUACUAGCUGUGGAAAGAAAAGGUAGACAUUCUUUUCCCUUCCUGGCAAUUCACGUUUUUAAAGAUCUCAAAUUAAUUGUGUUACUUCUCAAGUUUUGGUGACUACUUCUGUGAGUUUCACGACUGUCUUGGGGCCUGAGACCUAGACUGAUUUAUCUAAUAAUCUCAGCACCACCGAUCUCUUGAAUUCUGAGCAGUUGCUUUCUGUGGAGAGUUCAUGUUUCUGCUGUCUUUGUUAAAGUGUUAAAAGCCUGUCUUCCUGAAGAUAAGUUCAUCUGUAGUAAUGAUUUUGCUAAAACCCAAUAUAAUGUUGGUUGCAAGUAUUUGAUAAGGCUGGUGGGAUGCCUGUUUGUAAAUGCAUGCAAUUCUGCUUAGCCUGCUCUCAAAUACUGACACUGUCCAUGGUAACACCACUUUCUUUAUAAAAAAAGUGUAUUCUGUCUGCAGUUAUGUGAAAAAUGUAACUAACGGCUGCCAGUACCAAUGUCUUUGAGCUCAGGGUUAGAGUCUUACUAGUAUUUCUACAGUAUAUUUCUACUGUAGAUUUCCAAUGAGAUUGAUAUGUUGAGUGAGGGUCUUGAUGACACAUUAUGUAAGUAGUUGGGGAGAUGCUAGUUUAUAAUGCUACUUUCAGGAAAUCAUCAAGCUAUGAAUGCAGUGUCAUUGCCAAGAGUGGAAGCAGUUAAAGCAGUAGCAGUCACCAAAAAGUGUGGAGUCCUACUAGAAGAAUCCAGAUUUUGUUAGUUGAUAAUGAAAAAAGACUGUGCGUGAUAGAUUUUUUUGCUCUAGAGAGGACACCAAGAGCAGUUUUCGUGUCCCACCCUGAAAUUACUAAAUUCCAUAAACUCCCCUGAUGUUUAGGGUAAUUUCUGAGUCCAGAGAAGACAAGGGGGAGGAUGUUCAGCUGUCAGGCUUUGAUAAUCUUUCAGUUUAACACACCAUAUCCAGCACUGACUUCAUACAAUGCCCUAAAAGUGCAGUUAACAUAAAGUAACCCAGUUAUUUAUAGUGCUUGUAUUAUUUAUUCUUUUCACAGCAGCUUCAGGAAUAAAAGCCUGACAGCACUUUGAAGGUACUUGAAAAUGCUUAUUUUCCAAACUGCAAAGGGAAUGUGGAAGAAGUCCCCUUUCAGUCAGCCAGUUGAACCCAUCAAAACCUCUUAAAGGUCCUAGGACCUAAAGUUGCCCGGUAACCGCUCAGUGCAGAGUUUUAUCUAGUCUAACACUUAACAGUAUUGUUGCUUCAGGUAUGUCUUUUGCUCACCAAAAUCUUUUCAGUGCUGAAUUCCCUGAAAUGCAUAUAGUCGUGUGUCCUUGUUCUGGGUCUGGCUGGGAUGGAGUUAACUUUCUUCAUAGCUAUCAGUGUGGUGCUGUGUUUUGGACUUGUGGCAAACAGUGUUGAUAACACACCAAUGCUUUACCUGUUGCUGAGCAGUGCUUGCACAGUGUCAAGGCCUUCUCCGUUUCCCAUUUUGUGUACAUCCCUGAAAUGGGUAGGCCGAAGUUGGGCAAGAGGGUUGGGACACAGCUAAGACAGCUGACCCCACCUGACCAUAGGGAUAUCCUGUGCUAUGUAACAUCACGCUCAACAAUAAAAAUGGGGGCUUUUGUCUCUUCAAGGUAGCCAUUGCUCCAAGACUGUCUGGGCAUCAGUCUGCUUGUGGUCGUCAUUGAUGAUGGGCUUUGAACUGCAAGGAAACUUGAAGAGUUGAAACUGUAAUCUUUUAAUAAGGUCACGAGUCUAAAUUAUGCCCAAUAUCAUUUAUUCAGGUUUUGUUAUGGCUGAAGUGUGUGCUUGUACUGCUGCAAAAACCUUGCUGAUGCAAUAACUUAAAGAAUAUAAUUUUUGAUAGUAAACAAUUGUUCUUGGUUCUGUAUUGAUUGUAAGUCAGUACAUUUCUACCAGGUAUCUUCUAGGGGUCUUAGUUGUUCAAAUAAAAGAACCUAGGAUACCAGCAGACUUUAUAAUGUCUUCUAGAAGCCAAAGUACCAAAGUUACUGCUAUUUUUCCCUACUCUGAAAGAAUGUUGUGAUGCUGAUUGCGUAAAUCUUACCUGAUUGCUUGGAUUUGCAAUCUUGACUUUCAAGAGCUGUCUAAAGGUAGAUAAAAUUAGUUGGUCUUUUUUCUUACGUUUCAGUGUAUGUCUGUUGAGUUAUGACCUUGAGUUCGUAAAAGAAUAUCAGUAUUUAAUGUCUGUCUUCUGCUGCUUUAGCUGCUUUAAAGCAAGGUCCUUUUGAAAUGGACUUGAAACUUUGAUCAACAAACUUCGGUCUAAUUAAUGAAGGAGUUUCAAUAAUCCACACUUCUGUUCUUGUUUAAUUAUUAAAUUUACAGUGUUUAAAUCACACCACAGUCACAGGUUUUGAUAUACAUGUUAAAGAAACUGAAGAGUAUCUGAUUUAGCAACUAAUACUUAUCAAAGACAUACCAAACUAAUAAAUACUUCUGAAAUAUUGAAUUCAUGUUGGUAU